UGCAGCUUUCUUUACUGUCAGGCUCUGAUGCUGGAUGAGACACCCUUCUAAACAGAAAGUAAAGUGCAUAUUGGUAACCCUCUUCCAAAUGUGGGUGGUUCCUCUGUACUUCACCACUAAGCUGCACUGGUGGAGGUUUCUGGUGACAUGGUUCAUCUUCUCUGUUGUUACGGCCUUCAUCUCUUUUCGUGCUACCCGCAAACCACUGGACUGCACCACACCAAGGCUUGUUUAUAAAUGGUUCCUCCUAUUGUACAAGAUCAGCUACACCACAGGCAUUGUGGGCUAUACUGUUGUUAUGUUCACCCUCUUUGGCAUAAAUCUUAUAUUUAGAAUAAAGCCAGAAGAUGCUAUGGAUUUUGGCGUUUCGCUUCUCUUUUAUGGCCUGUACUAUGGUGUACUCGGUCGGGAUUUUGCAGAGAUGUGUGCAGAUUUUAUGGCAUCUACAGUUGGGUAUUACAGUGCAUCUGGAAUGCCCACUAAGCACCUGUCAGACAGCAUCUGUGCCGUCUGUGGUCAGCCAAUUCUUGUGGAUGUGAGUGAAGAAGGAAUCAUAGAGAACACAUACAGACUGUCCUGCAAUCAUGUAUUCCAUGAGUUUUGCAUACGUGGCUGGUGCAUUGUGGGUAAGAAGCAGACAUGUCCAUACUGCAAAGAAAAAGUUGACCUUAAAAGGAUGUUCAGUAACCCAUGGGAGAGACCCCAUGUGAUGUACGGACAGCUACUGGACUGGCUGCGCUACCUUGUGGCCUGGCAGCCUAUUAUCAUUGGACUGGUACAAGGCAUCAAUUACAUUCUGGGUUUGGAGUAAUAGCACCAGCAUAGAGGACGGGCAUGCUUGACUCAAUCUGCAGCAAAUACAUCUUUGGUUUCACUGGCACAGGGUCACUUUUUCAAUGACUAAUGCUAAUGUGUUUUGUUGUGGUAAUGUCUUCAAAGGAAAUUCUAUGAGCAGUGUGAUGUUGGAUGUUUUUGUUGACAUUUUUCUUGUCAGAAAUUUGUUUAUGGACUAUUUGAAAUUUGGACCUUGAAUUAUACAUCAGUAGCAUAAUUUAUAAAUGUUGCAUAUUGAAUGUCCUAUAUGGUCUUUGAAAUUUGUGUGCACGAUUUCUCAAAUGCACAUUUGAUUUUAUAAAAAUAAAAGAAAUGGCAUAAAUGUGUUCUCCAUGUGCAGCUACUGUGCACAUGCAAACUUUUAUUAGUGUGAGCUAAGUAAUGAAAUAAAAAAUAAUAAAAUAAAAAAAAUAAUCAUACACAUUUAGAAAAUUGUUGAAUAUUAUGCCACUCUUGAAAAUGGAGUUGAGCACUUAAAAUUAUGAAUCAUGAAUCAUUAUCCACAAUGAUUCCCAAUGAUUAGCAUUAUAGACAGACAGUAUAAUGACAGACACUGCCAGACUUGUUAGGUGGUCAAAUGGUCCUUCGCCCCGUUUCAGUAAGUCUGAUAACACUACUAUAUAACCACUGCUGCACACACAGAUAUGCUGUUGGUGGUGUUGUAUGCAGACAAGCACCGUAAUGUCAACUCCUCCUGUUGUCAGAAUUGCAUAAAUGUAUUUAUGCCUGAAACAAAUGAACUAUUUUGCCAGUGGGAAUGAAUGAGAAUAAUUUACUUAUGCAAAUAUACAAUUUUAUCAAA